GCCAUAGAGCAGAGCUGCUAUAAAAGCCGUAAGGAGGAAGAGAAUGCAGACGUCAUCAGUGAUUUUCCAGCAUUCACAUGUGUGGGGUUCAAACACUUGGUCAAGCCUUACCAUUUGCCGUGUGUCGUUGAUAGAUUUAAGUUGUGGUGGAGUAUUUCUAUUUAAAAAUGACAUUCGACGUCUUAAUGUCUGACUGAAAUUGAUAUUCUACCAAAUAAGCUGUUCCACGCUGUAUUAUUGAAAUCAUAUUAAAAUGUGCGAGGUGGUAUGGACAGUAUAAAUAUAAAUAAGCUUUGCAUUUAAGUUUUAUCAUUCAACCAGUCUAAUAACGUUUCUAAUUCAAAAAUGAUUGAAAAAUUUGUGAAGUUGUUAUCGUUUAUUUUAUUAAUUUAUCCAAGUAAUGGGUUAUUGACUAAAGAUCUCAAAGCUACGUUGCCUAGUGGUGAUCAGAUGCCGAUGAUCGGUUUAGGAACCAGCAGAAUUAGAGGAAUAGGUAAUGUUAGAAAUGCAAUAGAUGACGCUUUAGCUGUUGGAUACAGACUUUUUGAUACCGCAGCGUUUUACAAAAAUGAAGAAGAUCUCGGAAAGGCCUUUAAAGAACUUUUGCCUAAAUAUAAUUUAACACGUAAAGAUAUUUUUAUAACAUCGAAAUUAGCGCCGACCGAAGAAGAUUUUGGGAAACACGCUUAUAGCGCGUUGGAAAAAUCGGUAAAAACAAUCGGCUGCGAUUAUUUGGAUCUUUAUUUGAUUCAUUUUCCUGGAAUACCUAGUGAUAGUGGAAACAAUUCGAGAAAUUUCUCCCAAUCACGAAACGAAAUCUGGCAACAAUUAGUUAAGGGUGUUAAAAAUGGUUUGACAAGAAAUAUUGGCGUAUCUAAUUAUAACGUCAGACACUUGACAGAAUUGGUAAAUAACGAUCAUGGAGUUAAAGUAGCUGUAAAUCAGGUGGAAUGGCAUCCAUAUUAUCAUCAGGACGAUGUUUUACAAUUUUGUAAAAAUCAUGGAAUAUUACUCCAAGCAUAUUCGUCGUUAGGAGGAAGUGGAAAUGCAGAUUUGUUUAACGAUACCACAGUAAAGGCAGUAGCUGAAAAGUUGAAUAAACCUCCAGCCAAGAUACUUCUACGAUGGGCACUACAACAAAAUUUAGCGAUCAUUCCAAAAUCAAUCAAAAAACAAAAUAUGGAGUCUAAUCUAGACUUAAAUUUCGAAAUCCCCGACGAAGAUAUGAAGCUUUUGAGUAAUAUACCUCAAACGAAAAAAUAUAGAUGGGAUCCAGACAUUAUUAUAUAAAAAAUCAAAUACUGAAGUCUAAUUAUCGUAAUAAAAUGUUUACUUUGAAA